CCCGAGGCCUACAUGGAAAAAUGGGACGGAUACUGGGCCAAAAAUGACAUGACCAGCAUCAACUACAUGUACUGUUUGCACGCCGUCAACAACAGCGUGGACACGGUGCCGCCCAUAGAGCGGCUGCAGGAAGGCGCACUGAAGGGCAGCGCACUCGAGCACCUGGUGGCCACGCGCCUGGCCUUCCUGGCGUUCACCGAGAGCCCCCAGGGCAGUCAGGAUCAGCUGCUGCCGCACGUCGACCUCCCACCCGCGGUGCUGUUCUUCGUGUUCCACUGUUCGUACAGCUGCCGGCGCGGGGACUCCGCGCAGCUGUACCCGCGAGGCGAGGACUGCAUGGUGGUGUUCCGGUGGACCUCGCGGUUCACUGACCUCAUUCCCUGCGGCCAUGACACCAGCCGGCAGAGUCGCGCGCAGUGCCGAUAUCUGUAGGCACGUGGAGCGAUACCUAUACGCAUCCGGAGUUCUGAUGCUACUAGUGACAGAGUUUCGGAAAAUGCCUGUAUUCCUUUCUUUCUUAUUUGGCUGCUUACGCAGCACUUCAAUUUUGUAUUGUAUCGAAGUGGAGAUUUUUCUCGUAAUUUUUCGCACUCGCGCAGUUUGAGCAAGAAUUACGUGUAGAAGUUAGUGAAAAGAAGGACAAUAUGCACUUGUAGUAUGUGUUGAUCUGAUCUUUAACCCAUGUACAGAUAUGUAUCGCUGACUCAAGAAUCGACGCUUUCGCUGUUGUCACUACUAUUAUAAAGCGCGUACGCGGAAACAUAACUAAGCAGAGCUCCCCGAAAAAUUUCCCUGCCUCAAAAAAAAAUAUGUUCAUCUUGCUCUUAGAUCAGAGAAUGGCUUAAAGAAAUAAAAUAGAGACCACGGGUCGAUACGUUUGUCUGGACACCUGCAAAAAGCAGGGAUACUGCGCCAAGUAUUGAUCUGUGUGGCUGUCUUCAGUAAAGUCACCUGUUGAUACUUCAUUCUUGACACGUAUGUAAGGCGUGACGAAGUGAUUAGAGCAAACAACACAGCUAACUAUCCUCGACACGCUAUAAAAAUUACAGGUGGCAUUACAAAUGCAGUGCUGCAUUAUACCGCAGCCCACAUGGAGCCAUGGCCCAAAGUUAUAAAAAAAUUAAUCAUUACUCUUGAGCCACAUGAAUUCAAUGACAUUUCUAAGCUUUAUUUCUUUUUUUUUUGUAGAACGAUAACCUCAGUACGAGAUGACUGCCAGUUUGAAAGUUCUUUCAGAUAUUUUUGACAGUUCGCAUUAGUUCUGGAGCACUUGCGAAAUGCAUAAAUGUGAUGUCAAUUUUAUCAAAUUCUCGGAACAGGCGCUGAAACGAGAAUGGCAAAAAUAUAGAUUGCACCAGGAAAUGCUACAGAACGUGAAAAAUUUUCCUGUGUUGUCUUUCAUACAGGUUAUAGUGCAAAUGCUGAUUUUUACAGAACUGUACAGUCUGUUUGUUCUUGGUUCAGUGGAACAACUUAAGCACGUACAUGACGCAGUCGAGAAAGAGAAACGCUAAAGAAUAUACCUUCUAAGCACUCCGUACAGAUGGUUAACAAGCGAAGCUGAAAUGUGCGGCCCAGGUGUUUAUCACUGGCUAAUCCCGACGGU